AUGUACUCCCUGGCACUGGUUGCGUGCGCAGUUGCUCUGAGCCACUGUGCUCUUGCAGCGAAAGUCUGUCCCAGGCCACCAGAAGUGCUGUUUGCCACAAUUGACGUAAACAAAAGCGUGUAUGAUGUGGGUGAGGAAAUAGAAUAUACCUGUAGGCCUGGGUUCGUCCCCAAUAACGGCCAAAGGAAGUACACCUGCCUCCCGACCGGCAAGUGGCCUCUCAAUACGCUGUUGUGCCUACCAAAGAGAUGUCCCAGUCCUGGACCCUUGCAGCAUGGAAAACUUGAUUUUAUAGACCACCACUAUCAGAGUUCUAUAAAUUUUUCAUGUGAACCAGGUUACAACCUUGUUGGGACAAGAACGAGCCAAUGCAUGGCAGAUGGAAAGUGGAGUGGAACUCUUCCACAGUGUCAACCGGUGACUUGUGCACCUCCCUCGCUUCCUGAAUUUGGAGUCCUUUCCUACCGUCGCUUAAAACCUGGAAAUAUUUCUAAUUUCCUGGACACGAUUACUUUUGAAUGUGUACCUCCUCUCGCACUUAUUGGGAAUGAGACGGCUACCUGCAUGGCCAACGGGAACUGGAGCAGCAUUCCAGAGUGCAAGGUUGUCACAUGCCCCACUCCAACAGGAAUAGAAAAUGGAUUCAUAGAGUUUGCUGUUCGUAGAACAUAUCACUAUAAUGAAAGCGUCAGCUUCGGCUGCCAGUCCAGCUACGUGCUGGAUGGACCUAAGCAUUCCCGAUGUGAAAACACUGGAAACUGGUCCACAAAGCCAACCUGUAAAGGACCAUGUAAAAUACCAGUUAAGAAAGCUGUAGUAUUAUACAACGGCGAGAAGAAAAGAGUUCAGAACGACCUUAAGGAAGGCAUUCAGCAUGGUGAAACCAUAUCCUUCUUCUGCAAGAAUAAAGAAAAAUCCUGUGCCUACACGGUAGCUGUUCCAUGUGUGGAUGGCAACCUUACUCUCCCCGCCUGUUUCAAAGAACGUGGCUUUUUUUCAACUCUUGUGAAGAAGGACCCAUCAGACAUGAAACCAUGUGAAGACCAAGCAUGA